UCUUAUCCAACACUCCAAUCAAUCAUGGUUGAACUCAAACUGUGACCUAAUCUUUUGAAUUUCGCCGCAAAAGGUCUUUACUUUCGAGGCAAUGACGACUCUGUAUCCUUGUCACUUGCUCUCUGCUUCGACCCAUCUCCACGUCUCCGCCAAAUUGGCCCUUCACAAUAAACCCCCCAAUUCCAUUCAUGGGUUCACGGCUUUGGCACAGUUUAGUGAAGUACAUGCCUUUGGUCGGAGUGCUAAGCCUUCUCAUUUGCUUCAGAAUUCCCAGUACAAUAUCUCAUGUGCUAUGAAUAUGACUGCUGGACAGUCAGAUGACCCUGGGCAGAUUAAAUUUGAUCACCUAAUCGCUAAAGCAAGAAAGUUGUGGGGUGGUUCUCCACAGCCAGAUGCAGAAGUUCCCUGGCAUCAUUUUGUCAUGGCAAUUUUCUUCACACUGCUCAAAUUGCCAGGUCCACAUUACCCAUGUUGUGGUCAAAUAAUAAUCCCACACAUUGCCAAUGGCGGUUUGUUAAGGACACUGUGGUUUGCCUUUAUGUGGUACAGAAGACCUCGAAAGGCAUCAACUACAUCAUCACCAUACCAAUCUAAAAGUGGCAGCCAAUCUGAACCAAAUGAACUUUAA